AUGUCCUUUUUUUUCAAGUCGUCGAAAAAGAACCAGCACCAAAAUCAAAGCCAGACCCAGAGCCAUGCUCUGAACCACAACCAGCCCGCUCCCUCUGGGGCUGCAACGAGGAACAUUCAUACAUCUGAAGGGACGGGAUCGGUUCCAACGUCCAGCCUGUCCAGUUCGCUAAAUGGUAUCCGAGAGAUAGAGAAAGAUGUUGAGCCGGUUCAGCAGUUUGGGCCAAGCACCGGCCCCAUACCAGCUCCCGGUCAAGUAAACUCUUCAUCAGCCGGCCCGGUUCAACUGCCCAACGUACGCAGAGAUCGGGCGGAUUCAGAGCCAAAGGUACUACGCAGCCAGCCUGUUAAUGGCAUACAGGCACCUUCUGCUCCUAAUCAUGCCCUCUAUCCUUGGUCGCAGCGACGCAUGAACUUCCCUUCGCCGCAACUCACACCUUUCCCUCGAUAUGGAGCCGCUAUCAACGCCAUUGCCUCUGCUGAGGGUGAUAUAUACUUAAUGGGUGGUCUGGUAGACGGUUCAACUGUUAAGGGUGAUCUAUGGAUGAUAGAAAACAGUGGGAACAAUUCUACCUGCUUUCCCAUCUCACCUGUCACCGAAGGGCCAGGCCCCAGAGUUGGACAUGCUAGUUUACUAGUUGGAAAUGCUUUGAUUGUUUACGGAGGUGAUACGAAGAUCCAUGAUAAUGAUACCCUUGAUGAUACCUUGUAUUUCCUCAACACUUGUGAGUACAAUGAGGCUGCUCUUAACAUUUUUAUGGACCCUUCUCGACAAUGGUCUUGUGCCGCCUCCCCGGGCCCUCGUCCGCCUGGAAGAUAUGGACAUUCAUUGAAUCUGCUUGGGUCAAAGAUCUAUGUCUUUGGUGGCCAGGUGGAAGGCUUCUUCUUCAACGAUUUACUUGCUUUCGAUCUCAACGCCAUGAACAAUCCCGGAAAUAAGUGGGAGUUCCUUCUUAGAAACAGCCAUGACGAUGGUCCUCCUGUUGGACAGGUUCCUCCUGCGCGAACUAACCACACAAUGGUUACUUUCAAUGACAAGCUUUAUCUAUUUGGAGGCACUAAUGGAGUCCAAUGGUUUAACGAUGUCUGGGCAUAUGAUCCCAGAGGAAACUCCUGGACGCAAAUUGAUUAUGUUGGGUUUACUCCAACUCCGAGAGAAGGCCAUGCUGCUACCCUAGUCGGUGAUGUGAUGUACGUUUUUGGUGGACGAACCGAGGAAGGUGUUGAUCUCGGUGACUUAAUUGCAUUCCGCAUCUCCAUCCGACGAUGGUAUUCUUUCCACAACAUGGGCCCGGCCCCCUCCCCUCGAUCAGGCCACAGCAUGACCACCCUUGGGAAAAACAUCAUAGUUCUUGCUGGAGAGCCAAGUUCUGCUCCUCGGGACCCGAUGGAACUUGGUCUCGUCUAUGUUUUGGAUACUACCAAAAUUCGAUACCCUAAUGACCAACCUACCUCCCCUACUGGAGAACGGCCACCGCCUCGGAGAGUUGCACAGAAUGAAAGGGCUGGCGGUCAAUCUGGGCGUACAUCCCGUGAGGCUCAACAUGUUAUUCCUGAUGCUCAGCGCCGGGGACCGCCUGGCCCAGCUAGGGAUCCCAAUGGAAGCCCAGCCGGUGGCUCCAGGUUACCAAGAGCCUCGAUUGCUCAGACACCUGCCGGACCACCUCCAUCAGGCCAAGCACCACAUCCAAGAACUAAUGCCAUUCCUUCACAAGCAAAAAAACAGCAACAGCAACAACCUCCUCACCAACAGCAAUCACAGCAGCAAACGCAGCAACAUCCACACCAGCAAAUGCAGCAGCAAACACAGCAGCACCAACAACAGCCGUCAUCCGGAAAGCCUGAUAGAAGUAUUUCUUCUUCCUCAGAUCACUCUCGGCCCUCUGAGAAAGAUCGACAGCACAGCCGAGAUACAUCAGUUCAUGGUAGUAAUAGAGGAACACGGGAAUCCAGCCCAAUGACUGCUGCUACUCGCCAACAGCACUCAUCAUCACGGCUUUCUGCACGCGCAAUGGAAGCCGGAGAAGCCGCUCCCAUGGUAACUCCUGCACGGCAACGGUCCCUUAGACAACAACGACAGCAAAACUCGAUAGACAGUGUUGACGAUUCAAUACUCGCAUCUGAAAACAGGGCUUAUAGGAAUUCCAGGAGUCUCGCAGAUGAACCACGCUCACCACGUCUUACCGCCCACCAGGAAGCUUUGAUAAAGGAGUUGGAGACCAUGAAAACGAAAAAUGCAUGGUACGUAUCUGAACUUGCGUUAGCUCGCAAGGCAGGUUACACUCCAUCUUCCACUCCUGGUACUUUUGAAGAGAGAUCAGUAGACGCCUUCAACGAAGGAGAUCGUCCACUGGUGGAAAUGUUACUUGCCAUGAAAACUGAACUUGCCAAGAUGCAAGCCAACGUUGAUCGUCAAGCUAGCAUUGCUUCCAAACGGGUUGCAGAAGUCGAACACCAGCGAGAUAUAGCUUUGAAUGAAGCAGCAUAUGCUCGUGCUAGGCUUGCUGCUCAUGGUGGAGGCGGAGGCAGCCAGGGUGGCACACCAAUGUCUGAGAUGAGCAAUCGUGAUCUUGACGAAAGCAACUCCCAGCGCACCACCGAAAUAACUCGGCGUCUAGCUCUCUCUCUAACAGUACAGAAUGAGUUGAAGGCAAAGGUUGAAUCAUUGUCUUUAGAACUUCAGGAGGAGAAACGUGCAAAGGAGCUGGCCGAGGAACUCCAUGAGAUGACGAACAAGAGGCUCACUGAGUUAGAACUCCAGAAUAAUCCUCUAGAGCUGGAGAGUAUGCGAGUAGAACUACAUCAAAUCCAGUCUUCGUACCGGGAGGAGGCCGCUGCACGCUCUGAGGCUGAGGCUGCGCUGAAAAUGCUUCAAGUUGACUACGCUGAACUUGCUGAAAAACACGAAGAUAUUUCCAGCCGUAUGGAGAAUCACGGAUUAAAUGUUGUAUCUCUUCGAGACGCGGUGCAGGCAUCUGUUGCCAAAGCAGAGCUUAUGGAGCGAAAACUUGAAGAGGAGCGACAGCACCGUGAUACUGUGGAGAGGAAGUUGCUGCAGUUGAGAGCAGAGCAUGAAGAACGCACCAACGAACUGGAAAACACUGCUAGACGACUUAAGGAAGCUGAAGAACUUGCUGAUACCCAUGCUAAGGAGGCUGAGAGCCACAAGAUUGCCCUUCUUUCUGGAUUCGACCGUGUAGUCAGUAGAGGCUCUGACAAGGGCAGCUCACUGGCAGAUCAACGGGUUGCUGUACUUCAGUCCCAGGUUGAGCGCGCCAAUGAGCUAGUGAAGACAAGCCAGCUGGCUGCGGACUCUGCUGCUGAGAAGUUACGUCGUGCUGAAGAGCGGAUUGCUGGUCUAGAAGCCUACCAGGAACAGAGCAGCAGGGAAGGAUUACAGCUUCGAAGACAGCUCCAGGCCGCACUGAAGGAGAAUCAGACGCUCAGCAUUGAGAACCGCGAUGUGAAGGCUCAGCUUGAGAAUCAGCAACGUGACACUAAUGCGUUGGCCAUUCAGCACGGAGCUCUCAAGGAUCUGCUUGGUGAGCGUGGUGUGAACAUGUCUGAUAGCAGACGGUCCCCUCUGCUGGAUUCACCAGGCUCACGCUAUGGAACACCUGAACAAAACCGACUACGCGAGCUCGAACAGCAGUUACAGUCCAGCUUGAAGGCUCACGAGGAGACCAAGUCUAGCUUCGAGUACCGAGAGCAGGAAGUGGGCCGUGCUUACAAUGAGAAGCUCGAGCAGCUUGAGAAUGACUACCAAUCCGCCGUCCACUACGUAAAGGGAACAGAAAAGAUGCUGAAACGCAUGAAAGAAGAGCUGGCGAAAUAUAAGUCCCAGACGGCCAAACUGCAGGCUGAGCUAGCCGAAGUGUCUAACAACCCGGAAGCUGGGGCUUCACGGGAGGCACCAGCACCCGCUGAGUGGGAAGCUGAGCGCGAUACCCUGCACCAGUCCAUCUCCGAUCUUCAAUCAUCCACGGCAGCAUCCAUAUCGUCCCUUGAGAACAAACUGUUGGCUGUCCAAGCAGAGCUUGCUUCCGUACAGAAGAAGUACGACGAAUCUCGCAACGAGCAAGAAGCCCUACAGGCCGAACUCUCAAGCACCACGGAGAAGGGCAUGCGCGAUCUCGAGCAGCUCAAGAAGGAGAACCUCCUCCUUGAAUCUCGCGCAAUGGACGCCGAGAAGAAAGUGUCAAUGCUUCUGGACCAGGUUGAAUCCUCCGUGACCAACUACCGCCGUCAAUCCCAACAGGUAGCCAACAGCAUGAACUCAAACGGGGCCAACCUAAGCCGUAAUGCCAGCAACGCUUCCAGCGCUGCAAACGCCAACCACACCAACCGGUCGCGAGCGGACAGCAACGUCUCGCAGGACGAUACGCUCUUGAACCACCGCGGCUCGCUGGCGCUGGACUCUCUGGCGAACGAGCUCGAUGCGCUUCGCAGCCACUGGGAGACGGCGAACCGCAGCUACAGAAUCAGCACGCAGUUCGACUUUGAUCAGACGCCUACGAAAGAGACAUAUGGCGAGGGACUAAGCGACAGUCUCGCCAACUGGCGCCGUCGUCUGGACGAGGAGGAAGCUCGCGCCGACGAACCAAGCUCCAGCCAACACCAGCAGUCUUCAACCAUCCCGACGUCCCAAGCCGCGCAACCCAUCGCCGCUGGUAACAUACUAUGA